AUGUCAACCAACGCAAGUCACGGCAGUGGAGGUGUGGCGGAGAAGGUCAAAGGGGCUGGUCACGUCGCCAAGGCAAACAGAGAGGAAGCCCAACGAGGCGUGCAGCAGAUGAGCUCCGGCACCGGCGGAGGGGCCCCAGGCAGCGACAGCGACAGCGACUCGAACCCAGCCACGCUCGGCUCCAGCGCAGUGACCACCUCGACCUACCUCCCUUCCGGCGUCGCAGGCGCAGGUGGUGCCCAGCCAACCACCGCUCAGGUCGGUGCGCUUCCGCAGGGACGAUUUGAGAGCGCGCACCCCUCGCAGGACGCCUACGAGACGAGCCGCGGGGUCAGUCAGGAUGGCGGGAGGAAUGACCGCGAGUUCGAGACGAAGUAUGGCCCGCCCGGAGGCGCCCGGGGACGCUACCUAGGGAGGACGAGCCGCUCCCCGCUGCGGAUGCGACGAGUUCGGGGCCGGGAACGGGAGUCCCGAGCGGUGGACCGGCUGUACUUCCCUGAUAUCGAACGAAUAUGA